AGUCACGAGUGCCCUAGAAGUGACAGACAACUAGCUGGUGAGGAGCAGCCUGACCUUUAUCACUUGUUUUAAGCCUCGCAGCAGAGAGUGGCUACACACGUGCAUUCAUUAAGCCUGCGGGGAGCACAGUGGAAACCGCUUCUAAGUGCUUUUAACUUGCUUAUGACCGGUUUUGUGUAACAAACCCAAUGGCUCCUGGAAUAUUUGGAAAUUUGUUGCCUCCCAACAAAGAAGUCCUUGCAGAAACUAGUGGUGAAAUGGGUCACAAAGAAGCUGACAAUUGCUGGAAGAGGAACAUUGAUAAUAUUCGAGAGGUUUUUGACUUCAUGGAGGUGCUGGGAUCGGGAGCGUCUUCUGAAGUCUUCAUGGUAAAGGAGAUAAAGACAGGAAAAAAGUAUGCCAUGAAGUGUGUGGUAAAGAAGAACAGAAAUACCAGCUUGGAGAAUGAAAUUGCAGUUCUGAAGAGGAUCAAACAUGAGAACAUUGUGGCUUUGGAAGAUUUCUAUGAAAGUCACACCCAUUACUACCUUGUCAUGCAACUAGUUUCAGGUGGUGAGCUGUUCGACCGGCUCUUGAACCAGGGCAUGUUCUCAGAGAAGGAUGCUAGUCUGGUGAUCAGACAAGUUUUGGAGGGAGUCAAUUACCUGCAUAAGAAUGGGAUAGUACACCGUGAUCUGAAGCUAGAGAACUUGCUUUAUUACAGCCAAGAUGACAAUUCCAAGAUAAUGAUCAGUGACUUCGGUCUUUCCAAGAUAGAGGACAAUGGCAUAAUGUCUACAACCUGUGGAACUCCUGGCUAUGUGGCUCCUGAAGUGUUGGGUCAAAAGCCCUACAGUAAAGCAGUGGACUGCUGGUCUAUUGGAGUCAUCACUUACAUCCUUCUUUGUGGAUAUCCCCCUUUCUAUGAAGAGAGUGAGAGUCUUCUUUUCUCUAAGAUCAAGAAAGCAGAGUAUGAGUUUGACUCUCCCUUCUGGGAUGACAUCUCAGAGUCUGCAAAAGAUUUUGUUCGUAACCUGAUACAGAAGGACCCUGAGCUGCGCUACACAACAGAGCAAGCUCUAAAACAUCCCUGGAUCAUGGGGAAGACUGCCCGGAGCAUGAACAUCCUCCGCUCUGUCAGCGUGCACAUUCAGAAGAACCCACAAACAAACUCUCACACACACGCUAUGCAUUCAGGCUUUUGGAAAGAUACUCUCUUUUCUAUAAGCCAGAGGAAGAUCACUGUAGAUGUGCAGUAAGGUGUGCUGCAGAUGUGCAGUGCUGAUUGAAAAGUUUCAACUCAUCAAAAAGGUGUUUGAAAUGUGUAUUUAAGCAACUCAAGAACACGAGAAGCAGUAUGUUAUCAUGAAUAUCACCAAGGCUGUGAUUUGGUCACAGCUGCAGCUUGAUGGGAAGCGUUGUAUUGCUUUUAUACAAUUGUUUUAGAAAGAAAAGAAAACAAGAGACACCAAGACACCCCAAAUAUAUGUUUCAUAUUGACAGUUUCUUCUGCCAAAAAAGGCAGGCCCAGCAUUUUGAAGUAAAGACACUGUUAUUGUUACUUACUGACCAUUGGUCAGCAAAAUGAUACAGGUAUGGUGGGAAAACAUGCUGUUAUCAGAUAUAACAGCAACAUUUUUUGGCUAGUCAGGUUGUGUCGCCUGAACUAACUGUUGUGUAUAUAUUGUUGAUAAUAUUAUUAUAUACUAUUUUUUCAAUUUAGAUUAUUAUUAUUUUCAUACAGGGAGAUUCACUCAAAAUAGGCCCCAAACAUUCUGUUUUAACUCCCAUUAGGAUGAAACAAUCUGAACCAAAAAAAAUAUGCUACAUACCUUGACGUAUGUGUAAUCGAUUGCAUUACAUGCGAUGCUGGAAGUGAUAUCCGUUUUCCUGCCAGACACAUGAAGGGGCACGGAGGUAUGCACCUGGGAGUUGCAAAUGGAGGUUAAAUGUUGCAACGGCUGCCCAGUGCCUACCUUAUCGCUUUGACGCAGGGGCAUCCCAACUUGUUCAAAGCUCCAUAUAC